AUGUUUGUUAUUAAUGUAUUUUCUUCUUCCGAUCAGAUAAGGAAAAGAUCCCCUUGCACAGGCAGUAAGACACCUCUCCUUGUGGCAUGGGAUUCAGUGGAAGAAAUUGUUCGUGAUGGGAUUGUGAGGAACCGGCAGGCUUUUUACAACAUGCUGCGGACCUGUGACCUUGAAGACACUGGCUUCAUUAGUCGGAUUAAUUUCAAGAAAAUUAUGCGCACAUUCUGCCCAGUCUUAACGGGUGAACAUUUGAUAAAACUCUGCAGUAAGUUCCAGGAUACUGCUUCCGGACGAAUCCUCUACAAGAAGCUCUUGGCCAGCAUAGGAAUGAGUGGCUCAGCCCCUACCUCUCCGAGAGUUACUCCAGUGGAUCAGCCGUUAAGUGCGCAUGCCCCAAAAGAGGAGCAGAGAAUCAAAACCACAGAAGAUAAAACCCCCUUGACCAAGAAUAUGACCCAAGAAGAAGUUAUUGAAAAACUCAAAAACUGUGUCCAGCAGCACGACCCAGAUUUCCGAAAACAAUUUCUUGCCUUCGGCAAGGGGCCUAAUGGAAAAAUUAAUGAACAUGACUUCAGGAAGGUACUAGAAGCUAAUGGGAUGCCAAUGGAUGAUGACCAGUUCACUCUGCUGACCACAAAGAUAGGAUUUAGAGAGGAAGGGAUGAGUUACCUUGAUUUUGCUGCAGGAUUCAAAGAUACAGAAAUGAGUCGGCCGGCAUCGAGGGCAGCUCAGACUGCGAUCUGGAGGAAGAGGCACUUGGACAGUCACUUUGCAACCGCUGAAGAAUGCCUGAAGCUUUUCCCCCAGAGGCUGAGGGAGUCUUUCCAGGACCCCUACUCCGCCUUCUUUAAGAUGGACACAGACAGGGACGGCAUCCUCAGCAUGCUGGACUUCCGCCGCCUGCUGCUACAUCUCCUGUUCAAUCUGAAGGACGAGGAGUUUGAGCGCGUCCUGGAGCUUCAGGGCCUGAAACUCGGCAUGACUUUAAAUUUUCGGGAAUUUCGGAAUUUGUGCGAGAAGGGAUCCUACCGAACCGAUGAAGCGCCUCAAAGACUCGUUAGACCUAAACAGAAGGUUACGGAUUCAGAACUAGCUUGUGAGCAGGCUCAUCAGUAUCUUGUUACCAAAGCCAAAACUCGGUGGCCCGACUUGUCAAAGAAUUUCAUAGAGACUGAUAAUGAGGGCAAUGGCAUUCUCCGACGACGGGACAUAAAGAACGCGCUCUACGGUUUUGACAUUCCUCUGACACCCAGGGAAUUUGAAAAGCUCUGGAUGAGGUACGACACAGAGGGAAGAGGGCACAUCAGUUAUCAGGAAUUUUUACAGAAACUGGGACUUAACUAUUUGCCAGCAGUUCACCGGCCGUAUGCAGACAAUCACUUCAACUUCAUGGGGCAUUUCACGCAGCCGAAGCAGGUGCAGGAAGAGGUCAGAGAGCUGCGGCAGAGCACCGAGAGGGCCACCAGGGACAAGCUGAAAGAUCAUGUAGAAGAGAUCAGCAAAGCACUUAGCAAGCUAGACAAGUCCAAAAAUGGCUAUGUACCCGUGAGCAAGAUGCAGAAGGUUCUGCAGGAAUGUGGGUGCUCCCUGAAAGAAGAGGAGCUCACCAGCCUUCUAAACAGGGAUCCCUAUAAGAGCAAGGCAGAUAGACGGUUCACCCAGAAGAGGAAAAGGUACCGUGAGCCCGGUUUCAGAGGUAGAAAUUGGAGUCAUGUGGCCACAAGCCAACUUAACGCCUAUAGCUCCAGAAGCUGCCGAGACAAGGAGCAGAGUCUCCCCUGGAGCCUCUGGAGGGAGCAUGGCUCCCAGCAUCUCAGUUGUGGCUCACCGAACCUCGUCCAGACUCCUGGGACCCAGCGCCGUGGAGAGCAAACCUUCUCUGAAUUGGAUAAAGAGGACACGGGGUUUGUAAAGGCUGAAGAAUUUGGACAAGUUCUUAAGGACUUCUGUCCCAAACUCUCCGACAACCAGUAUCACUAUUUUCUGAGAAAACUGCGAAUUCACCUAACCCCCAAGAUACAUUGGAAAUAUUUUCUGCAGAACUUGAGCUCUUUCCUUGAGGAGACUGCUGCCGAGUGGGCUGAGAAGAUGCCCACGGCCCCCCUGCUGCCCACGUCCCCACCACCCAGGGACAUGGGCAGGAGAGACAUCCUGGCUUGCCUCCACAAGGCAGUGACCACACACUACAAUGCCAUCGCCCAGGAGUUCAAGAACUUCGACACCAUGAAAACCAACACUGCCUCCAGGGACGAGUUCAGGGCCAUCUGCAAUCGCCACGUGCAGAUUCUGACGGAUGAGCAGUUUGACAAGCUGUGGAACGAGAUGCCCGUCACUGCCAAGGGAAAGCUGAAAUACCAGGACUUCCUGAGCAAGUUCAGCUCGGACAAGGCGGUGACACCAGCCUCGGGCGACUCGGCCAGGGCCCAGAGAGGCAGCAGCGCCCCCGAACUCACAGAAAGGACCAGGUCUGCUCUGUUAUCGCCCCUGCAGGACCUGAAGGGAGGGCCAAAGACAUGGAGUCACCCCAGUACUCCAGCUAGUCCGGCCACUCGGCCCAGCACCCCGCCCCUCCAGAACUGCGAGCCCAUCGAGAACAGGCUCCGAAGGAGGAUGCAAGGCUGCUGGCGCGAGCUCCUGCGGGAAUGCAAGGAGAAGGACCCGAACAAGCGGGGCGAGAUCAGCGCUUCCCACUUCCUGGCGCUUGCCGAGAAAUUUAACCUGGACAUAAGCAAGGAGGAGGGCCAGCAGCUUGUCACAAAGUACGACUUAAAGAACAACGGUAAAUUUGCUUACUGCGACUUCAUCCAGAGCUGCGUCCUCCUGUUGAAAGCAAAGGAGACGUCACUAAUGCACAGGAUGAAAAUCCAGAAUAUACACCACAUGAAGGAGGCCGGGCCCGAGACGGCUUCCUUUCACUUGGCUUUGCUGCGGAUUCAGCCCCGAAUCGUGCACUGCUGGCGGCCUAUGCGGCGCACCUUCAAAGCCUACGACAGGGCCGGGUCGGGCUUCCUGAGCGUGGCCGACUUCAGGAAGGUCCUGAGGGAAUACAGCAUCAACCUGUCUGAGGAGGAGUUUUUCCACAUCUUGGAGUACUACGACAAGACUCUGUCUUCCAAAAUAUCCUACAACGACUUCCUGCGGGCGUUCCUCCAGUAG